AUGGGCCCUACCAAACGUCGCAUCAACGAUGACGCCCCUUCCAAACAAGUGAGUCACACUAUGCUUGUGCGCCUAUGAGAUCUGCUGAUGACCCUACAUCUCGUUGCGCACCCUGUAUCGUAGAUGGGUAAACGUCGCAAGCACGGAGCAGCGGAAGAGGUCUCGCCUGAUCCAGUGGAACAGCUCAAGGCGCUCAAGGCUUACAUGGUGGGUGCGACCAAGAUGAAAGAUGAAAAGUUGUGUUUUAUGGUGGGCUUGUAUGCUGAUCGUCAUUUGCGAUUGCUGUGCUGUCAGCACCACGCGCUCAAGCUGCUGCACAAGGCCGUCAAGAAGAGCAAGACGUUCGAGCUGCAGAAGCUCACGAGGAAACUCAAGCGAGCGGGGUGAGCACAGCACAACGAUGCUAUAUCAGUGUUUUCGGGAUUAGAUAAACCCUUGUGCUGAGAGAACUUGUUGUGGUUGCAGAGAAACGGAAGGCGUUGCUACGACGGUCGUGGCUGAUCUCGAAGCUCAACUUGAGGCGCUCAAGGUUGGUCAUUACGCACAGGACUGCCUGGCUCUCAACUUUCACGCGAUGCUGAUGGUGUCUUGACCGUUCUUGCAGGGUCUUCCCAUUGAUCCGUUGGCGACACACAUCCUCCAUACCCGCCUCGGCAAAAUCUCCUCCCCUGCCCUGUCCGAGCAUCUCUCUACUUUAACCGCCUCAUUGCCAACACAAAUCCCACCUACAACAACCGAGCCGGACGCGACAAGUACUCCUGGAAAAGCGAGGAAUCGCGUUUUCGCCAACAAGAUCGUUCAUGAAGCAUGGGAAGAGAUCGUUCGAGCAAUCAAGAAACGGCUUGGCGAAGAAGUCGCUCCAAGACCGGUUGCCGUCAAGGCAGUGCCAGCGAAGAGUCCGAGCAAGGACAAGAAGUCGGUUGUACAGGAUGGUAUUGGCGUGGCAUCUACCUCGACCGACGGGACUAAGGUGGAUGCUAGUCCCGGGCCAGCGGUCGUUGGGGAAAGACGUCUGUCGAAGCGAGCCGAGAGGAAGCUGAAGGGCGAGUUGAAGGCGAAGCAACCGAGGGAGAUGACGAUCGAUCCCGAGCGGCUCAAAGCGAUGCGACGUGCUUCGGAGAAAGAGAGUGGUGACGAAGAAGAGGACGGGGAUGAUGAGGAUGGUGGCGAGUCUGGGAUUGACGAUGAUGAAGUCCGACGGGAGCUCGAGGCGCUCGGGGGAGAUGGUGGGACCGACUGGUCCGGUUCAGAAAGUGGCGACGAAGGCGUAGGCGAUGACGACGAUGACGGUGCAUCGAUUGCAUCCGACUCGUCAUUCCCGGUCGUGGCAGCAUCCAAAGCCACCACACCGAAAGCGAAAGCCAAGUCGACUCCAGUGGAUACGAAACUAGAUAAGCGGCCCAAGAAAGAAUCGUCCACGACGCGACCCAUCACCUCAUCGGCUUUCUUGCCUUCACUCGCUGCGGGAUAUGUGUCGUAUCCCGACUCGGAUGAUGAGGAUGCUAAAUGGGUCAAAGACGCUGAGCGACAGGAUAAGCGAGAGGAGAAGCGGAAGAACCGAAGGGGACAGCGAGCUCGUCAAGCGUGAGUCGUGGCUGUGCUUACGGAAUCCACAAAAUCAUAUACAAGUUGCUCACCUGAUUCUGCUCCGUCUGACAGUAUCUGGGAAAAGAAGUACGGCUCAGGAGCGAACCACGUUGUCAAGGAGACGGGCGGCGCCCCCGCAGCACAAAAGGGGGCCAAAGCCUCGUCCAAGAAGGCCAUCACCAAAGCCGCGCUCAACCAUACCGUCACGCCUUACGACCCGACCAAGACUCCAGGGGCAGCGAACAACUCCAAUGCUGUGCCUGUGGGGCAACGCAAGAUCGUUCGACCGACGGUUACUUACAAGACUUCGACACCGAUCGUUCCUAUUGAGAUCGUCAAUCUUUCGUCGUCUGGGAUCAGGCCUGCGGAUUCGACACGGAGUGCUCCUGUCGUUCGUGGCAAGCCUCUGGUCGAGGAGGGUAUGCACCCCAGCUGGGAAGCGAAACGACGAGCCCAAGAAGCUCUACUCCACUUGGCCAAUGCUCCGAAGGGAAAGAAGAUCACGUUUUCAUCUUCUGGUGCGCAGCCGAUAGAGGUACCUCGUGCGGCUCCGGUGGCUCGCGGAAAGCCCUUGGUGGAGGAGGGUAUGCACCCGAGUUGGGAGGCGAAGCGGAGGGCUCAAGAGGCUCAGCUCAGCCUGGCGAAUGCUCCCAAGGGUAAGAAGAUUACUUUCGAUUGA